AUUAAAAAACUGUGAGUCUCAGAGAGGAGAGAGAAAGAGGAGAGAGAAAGAGGAGAGAGAUGGAUAUGGUUGAUUGGUGAGUGAGAGAAACAAGGGUACGUGUUUUCUGGGGCGUUUUGUGUUGUGAGAUGUCAGGUGGCGGUUGCAGCAUAGUUUGGUUCAGAAGAGAUCUCAGGGUUGAAGAUAACCCAGCUCUCACCGCCGCCGUCAGGGCUGGCGCCAUCGUCGUCGCCGUCUUCAUCUGGGCGCCGGAGGAAGAAGGUCACUACUAUCCUGGCCGAGUCUCGCGGUGGUGGCUCAAACAGAGCUUAGCUCAUCUCGAUUCUUCGCUUAGAAGCCUCGGCGCUUAUCUUGUCACUAAGAGAUCCACCAACACCAUUUCUACUUUGCUCGAUGUUGUUAAAGCCACCGGUGCUUCUCAGCUCUUCUUCAAUCACUUAUACGAUCCUUUGUCGCUUAUUCGUGAUCAUCGAGCAAAGGAGGUUUUAUCUGCGCAAGGCAUCGGCGUGAGGUCUUACAAUGCCGAUUUGCUGUACGAGCCGUGGGACGUUAAGGAUGUCGAUGGCAAUCCGUUUACGACGUUUGCCAGGUUCUGGGAAAGAUGUCUUAGCAUGCCUUGUGAUCCAGAGGCACCACUUCUUCCACCUAAGAGAAUCAUUUCAGGUGAUGCAUCGAGGUGCCCAAGCGAUACGUUGGUAUUCGAAGACGAAUUGGAGAAGGGAAGCAACGCACUUCUCGCCCGAGCAUGGUCUCCUGGAUGGAGCAAUGCAGAUAAGGCUUUGACCACAUUCAUCAAUGGACCGUUGAUUGAGUACUCAAAAAACCGUAGGAAGGCGGAUAGUGCAACCACCUCGUUUCUGUCUCCUCACUUGCAUUUCGGGGAGGUAAGCGUGCGAAAAGUGUUUCAUCUCGUUCGAAUGAAGCAGGUUUUAUGGGCGAAUGAAGGAAACGAGGUUGGUGAAGAGAGUGUCAACUUGUUUCUCAAAUCUAUUGGGCUCAGAGAAUACUCAAGAUACAUGAGUUUCAACCAUCCGUACAGCCAUGAAAGGCCACUUCUUGGGCACCUUAAAUUUUUCCCCUGGGUUGUGGAUGAAGGCUAUUUUAAGGCAUGGAGGCAAGGAAGAACCGGUUAUCCAUUAGUCGAUGCUGGUAUGAGGGAAUUGUGGGCGACCGGGUGGCUGCACGAUCGGAUCCGAGUCGUCGUUUCUAGCUUCUUUGUGAAGGUUCUGCAGCUUCCGUGGAGAUGGGGAAUGAAGUAUUUCUGGGAUACGCUCUUGGAUGCAGAUCUCGAGAGCGAUGCUCUUGGAUGGCAAUACAUAUCUGGCACACUUCCCGACAGUCGGGAAUUUGAUUGUAUCGACAAUCCACAGCUCGAGGGUUAUAAGUUCGAUCCGCACGGAGAAUACGUCCGGAGAUGGCUUCCUGAACUUUCUAGAUUACCAACUGAAUGGAUCCAUCAUCCAUGGAAUGCACCAGAGUCGGUACUCCAAGCUGCUGGGAUUGAGCUCGGAUCGAACUACCCUCUUCCCAUCGUAGGAUUGGAUGCAGCUAAGGCUCGGUUGGAAGAAGCGCUGUCAGAGAUGUGGCAACAAGAAGCAGCUUCAAGAGCUGUGAUCGAUAAUGGAACUGAAGAGGGACUCGGAGACUCAUCCGAGUCGAUCCCAAUUGCAUUUCCUCAGGACAUAGCCAUGGAGGAUGAAGACCUUGAGCCUGCUAGGAUGAAUGCUCAUACAAUUCGGUGCUUCGAGGAUCAGAUGGUCCCAAGCAUGACGAGUUCGGUGAGGUUAGAAGACGACCAUUCUUUGAAUUCAAUGAACAUUCGAAGUACAGCAGAAGAUGGUAGGGCAGAAGUACCAACAGAUCUAAAUCUAAACCAAGAGCCAACCAGAGAUGCAAAUCGAAGAGUUCUUCCGACUGCUCCGAUGAACGCUCGACUUCCAUAUACUGCAGGUAUAGACUUAAGAAGUGGUGCUGAAGACUCCACUGCAGAGUCUUUUUCGAGUAGCGACGGUCGAAGAGAAAGAGAUGGAGGUGUGGUUCCGGUUUGGUCUCCACCAAGUUCGAGUUACGGCGAGCAGUUUGUGGUCGACGAAAACGGCAUUGGAACAAGCUCUUCGUUCUUGCAGGGACAUCAACAGACUCAUCAAAUAAUCAAUUGGAGGCGGCUAUCUCAAACCGGGUGAGGACUAGCAGGCAGGCAGGCAGACAGACAAAGGCUAUCCUGUUCUAUUAGCUCUGGUCAGUCAGCAAAACACUAACAUGUUCUUCUACUUUCUCCACCAAUCUGACUUGACCAUUGGUUACUGUCAUGUGUAUGAAAUACCUAACUCAUAGCUGUAGUUCAUCGCCCGAUCAUCUCGCUCGUUCCGUUCCGUUAUUACAGUUGUAUCAUAACUCUUGCUAUGCUGUAUAGUGAAAUUUGUAAUUUGUGUAGCUGUAACAGAAGUGUAGAGAACUGGAAUAGUGAUUCUCGUUGUCUUCGAAUAAACUCAAGUAUGCGAUUAGCCCGGAUUCCUGUAAGCUCGUGCUUAAGCUAUCGAAAUAUUUCUCUAUCUUGCUUGCCUUU